AUGGCUCGCAAUCUUCCACUAUGGCUGCGGGUACCCGUGUUGAUGUCUCCUUACGGCGUCGCGCUAGAAGAUCCUGGAUUAUCCAAUCGCCCAAAGACUACUGACUGGGUUACUUACCGGGUAACUGGCUCGGAGGAAACACGCCCCCGGAUCUUCCUCCACAAUAUCAAUGUGAGAUUUCUCCAACUUCCAACUUUUGCUCUUCUCAUCACCCUGGCCCAGCCCAAACGUAUCUACGCGCCGGGCUCCGGCCCAUGA